UUUCAUUGGUUAUUUUUAACAAGUAUUGCAAUAUUAUUUUUCAGUGGUUAUAUUUAUACUCCUUAGUUUUUCUAUUCCUUGGUUCCUUAGUAACAAGAUAAAUAGAAUUGACGUGCUUGAUUCGACAACUUUCAAAGUUUGAUUGUACAAUAUUAAACGCACAAAAUGUCAGAUAUCCAAGGCAUUUUUAAGAAACACUGUGUUUUACCUGAUGUAAUAAACACAGCGCCUUCUGAUUUACUGACCAUUCAAUACAAUAGUGGCGUUAGUGUUGAGACGGGUAAAGAACUAACCCCUACGCAAGUCAAAGAAAAGCCUGAAGUGAAAUGGGCAGCUAAAGAUACAGAGUAUUAUCUUCUGGCUAUGGUUGAUCCAGAUGCACCCAGUCGAGAGAAACCGAAGUUUAGAGAGUGGCAUCAUUGGUUGGUGGGAAAUAUUCAUGGCGGUGACAUGAAUAAAAGCGAAGUUUUGUCUGAUUACAUAGGAUCAGGCCCUCCAAAAGGCACUGGUCUUCACAGAUACGUGUUUUUGAUCUUUAAACAGCCUGAAAAGUGUGAUUUUGCUAAAAUUCCGAAAUUGCCAAGUACUUCUGGAAAAAAUAGAGGCAACUUCUCUAUUGCCAAGUUUGCUCAACAAUUUAAGCUUGGUUCUCCUGUUGCUGGGAAUUUUUAUGUAGCCCAAUGGGAUGAAUAUGUACCUAAACUUUAUGCAAAACUUAAAGAUUAAUUUAUUCACUUUUCGUAACAUA